AUGUGGCUCAGAUUACAGUUAUGUGUUACCGUCCUUGUUACGACAUUUCUAAUAGCUAAAUGUUAUCCUCGCAUGAACCCUCGUACGCUACAGCAGGGUUAUUCUGCGAACCAGCAGCUAUUGGGAGGUCAAUUUCAGGCAGCGAUCCCACCUUCAGUAAACGACCCCGUUCCUCAGCGACGCCAGAAAACUAUAAACGUGCUUUGUCAAGAGGAAUCAAUGGAGAUCAUCAUGCAUGCAGAUCGAUUUGCGACUGGCCUUCCCGUGUAUGCCGAGGAGCUGUGGCUGGGUCCAGAAUCCGUGAUGAACAAAGUGUCUGGAGCAUCAUGUGGUGCUGUCAAGCAUGGCGAUUACGAGUUUGCCAUUUUUGCUCAUCUUAGAGAUUGUGGGACCAAACUUUCUAUAACAAUGGAUUCUCUGGUGUAUUCCAAUGUCCUUGUGUACUCCCCUCUGCCAUCUCCCGAUGGUUUACUUUACCAUGAUGGCGCAGUCAUACCUAUUCAAUGCCAAUACCAGAGGCGGUAUAAUGUUGACAGCGCUGCAGUGGCACCCACUUGGAUUCCAUUCGCGUCGACUGUUUCUGCUGAAGAUUUUCUAGACUUCAGCCUCCGGCUGAUGAGCGAUGACUGGCAGCACGAGAGGGGCUCAAAUAUUUAUUUCCUUGGCGAUGCGAUACAUCUUCAAGCUUCAGUGACCUUGGCCAAUCACUCGCCCCUUCUUCUGUUUGUUGACCAGUGUGUGGCAACAUUGACUCCUGAUGUGAAAACUAGUGCCCUCAAGUAUUCCUUCAUUGAGUUCAAUGGAUGUCUUUCAGACAGUAUGCAUUCAUCAUCUCACUCAAAGUUCUUGCAGAGGAAUGAAGGGAACAAAUUAAACCUACUAUUGGAUGCCUUCAGGUUUUACCAGGUGGCAAGCAACUUGAUAUACAUCACGUGUUACUUAAAGGCCAUCCCUGCUGCUUAUUCGGUGAGCUCUCAGAACCGUGCAUGUUCUUUUAUUGAUAACAGGUGGCAGUCUGUGGAUGGAAAUGAUCAGGUGUGUAACAGCUGUGAGCCAUCCAGACAAGACUCUUCACUUAAAGAACCUGUCCAGCCUUUCACCAUCACGCAGGCACCUCCUGUUAAACCAGGUCUAAAACCGGGGCCUGCUGACUUCUUUCACAUACGGCCGGGUCAAUCGCUAGAACCUUUUAAAGCCCUUAUACAGUCAAGGCAAUUCACCUAUGGUGGUCUGUCAAAGAGAGGAACCGACUCGAACAAAGACUGGCAAAAGGUUGCCACUUUAGGUCCUGUGUUUGUGCUCUCAAAGAAAGAAACAUCCUCCCAGUCAACAGGAUCUCUUCCUUUCAGCCCACCUGAGGUCUCUGCAUCUGUUACUGAAGGACCCGAGGUCUUAUAUUCGACAGAGAUGACUCCUGUGACAAAUAAGCUUGAAGUCACACAAAAUACUGAAAGCUUUAUUCUGUUUGAAGAUGGCCUCUUUAAUGCUUCUGAUCCUCUAAACUUUGAUGAGGGGAGUGGGUUUGAAUAAAGUAUCCUCCCCA